AUGCUCCGAGAUCUUUCUGUUGAGUCACCGUUGCGCGAGGGCGAAAUAGCAGUGUACAUGGGGGAGAAGGAGCUUAAUUCUGUCGCCUCGGAGCUGUCUGCGCCACAGGAGGAAAGCGGGCAUUCUCCUAAACAUUUAAUUGAACUCCGCCGGGAAUUUAAGAAAGAUGUGCCAGAGGGAAUCAGAGCGAUGGUAGCUCCGGUGCUGAAAAGCUUCCAAGCUGAGGUGGUGGCUCUCAGUAAGAGAAGUCAGGAGGCAGAGGCGGCAUUCCUGAGUGUUUAUAAGCAAUUAAUUGAAGCACCAGACCCUGUCCCGUCGUUUGAGGUGGCGCGGACUCUAGACGACAGACUGCAGCGUCCCGGCUUCGACCCCAGUGGGCAAGGCCUACAAGACGUGCACAUCUCGUGGAAGAGGUGCCCAGAGCCACCCAGCGCCAGAGAGCAGGACGAGGGGGCGUGUCCCACCGGGCACACGCCAGCCAGCGCCAACUACCUGCCAGGUCCCCAGGACACCCUCGUGACAGACACCUUGCUGCAGAAGAAUGAGGCCGAGAGACAGAAGGGCCUCCAAGAAGUCCACAUCACCUUGGCAACCAGGCUGGGGCAGGCAGAGGAGAAAAUCAAGGUGUUACAUUCAGCGCUAAAGGCCACCCAGACCGAGCUGCUGGAGCUGAGGAGGAAGUACGAUGAAGAGGCUGCCUCCAAGGCCGACGAGGUCGGCUUGAUCAUGACGAACCUGGAGAAGGCCAACCAGCGAGCGGAGGCUGCCCAGCGGGAGGUGGACAGCCUGCGGGAGCAGCUGGCGUCGGUCAACAGCUCCAUUCGCCUGGCUUGCUGUUCCCCCCAGGGACCCAGUGGGGAGAAGGUGAGCUUCUCCCUGUGCUCGGGGCCCCGGCUGGAGGCCGCACUGGCCUCCAAGGACCGAGAGAUCCUGAGGCUGCUGAAGGACGCGCAGCAGCUGCGCCACUCCCUGCAGGAGCUGGAGGAGGUCUCGGCCAACCAGAUCGCUGACCUGGAGCGGCAGCUGGCGGCCAAGUCCGAGGCCAUAGAGAAACUCCAAGAAAAGCUGGAGGCCCAGGCUGACUAUGAAGAGAUCAAAACAGAGCUGAGCAUCCUGAGAGCCAUGAAGCUGGCCUCCAGCGCCUGCAGCCUCCCACAGGCGCUGGCCAAGCCUGAGGACCCGCUGCUCAUGGCCAAGGACGCCUUCUUCCCCACACAGAAGUUCCUGCUGGAGAAGCCCGCACUGCUGGCCAGCCCUGAGGAGGACCCCUCGGAGGAUGAUUCUGUCAAGGGAUCACUGGGCACGGAGCCCCCCUACCCGCCUCAGCUUCCGCCUCCCCCAGGCCCGGAAGACCCGCUGUCCCCGAGCCCCGCGCAGCCCCUGCUGGGCCCCGGCCUGGGUCCUGAUGGACCAAGGACUUUCUCGCUGUCCCCCUUCUCCAGCCUGGCACCGGGGGAGAGGCUCCCUGGGGACCCACUGCUGCCCAAGCACCUGAUGGGCCCAGCCGCCUUCAAAGGGGAACCGGGCAACCUGCUGGUGUUCCCACCCGCCUUCUACGGCGGUGCCAAGCCUCCAGCGGCUCCCGCCGCCUCCGUGCCCGGCCCCGAGCCCCCCGGGGCGCCGGAGCCUGUGGACGGGGCUGGGCCCGAGGAGGAACAGCUGGACACGGCUGAGAUCGCCUUCCAGGUGAAGGAGCAACUGCUGAAGCACAACAUUGGCCAGCGCGUGUUCGGCCACUACGUGCUGGGACUGUCGCAGGGCUCGGUGAGUGAGAUCCUGGCGCGGCCCAAGCCUUGGCGCAAACUCACGGUGAAGGGCAAGGAGCCCUUCAUCAAGAUGAAGCAGUUCCUGUCGGACGAGCAGAAUGUGCUGGCCCUGCGCACCAUCCAGGUGAAGCAGCGAGGCAGCAUCACCCCGAGAAUCCGCACACCCGAGACGGGUUCAGACGACGCCAUCAAGAGUAUCCUGGAGCAGGCCAAGAAGGAGAUUGAGUCUCAGAAGGGAGGUGAAUCCAAGAACUCCCCAGCCUCCGUGAGCAUCCCCAAUGGCACGGCCUCCUCCAGCACCUCGGAAGACGCCAUCAAGAACAUUCUGGAACAAGCCCGCCGCGAGAUGCAAGCCCAGCAGCAGGCCCUGCUGGAGAUGGAGUCGGGUCCCAGGGGCCGCUCCGUGCCUCCCUCUCCUCCGGAGCGGCCCUCGCCAGCCACCGCGAGCCAGAAUGGGGCCUUGGCCUGCGUGAAGCAGGAAGAUGGCGGCGGCAGUAGCAGUGCGCAGGCGUCGCUCGCGGUCCUGUCCCCCGCUGCCUUUGUGCAGCGGAUCAUCCGCAAGGUGAAGUCGGAGAUCGGAGACGCCGGCUACUUUGACCACCACUGGGCAUCAGACCGCGGUCUGCUCAGCCGUCCCUACGCCUCCGUGUCGCCCUCCCUCUCCUCCUCCUCCAGCUACUCGGGACAGCCCAAUGGGCGAGCCUGGCCCCGUGGGGACGAGGCAACCAUCGCCCCUGAGGACGAAGCAGCUAUGGGCGAGGACGAGGCCCCCAGGGUCGGGGAACUCAAGUCCGAGGCCGGAGUCCCCGAGGUGGGCGGCGGACGACUGCCCUACUACCCAGCGUAUGUGCCCCGCACACUCAAGCCCACCGUGCCUCCCCUGACGCCCGAGCAGUAUGAACUGUACAUGUACCGAGAGGUAGACACACUGGAGCUGACGCGCCAGGUCAAGGAGAAGCUAGCCAAGAACGGCAUCUGCCAGCGCAUCUUUGGAGAGAAGGUCCUGGGACUGUCUCAGGGCAGCGUGAGUGACAUGCUGUCCCGGCCAAAGCCAUGGAGCAAGCUGACACAGAAGGGCCGGGAGCCUUUCAUCCGCAUGCAGUUGUGGCUAUCGGACCAGCUGGGCCAGGGCCAGGCCCCAUCCCAGCAGCCCAGCGCUAGCCAGGCCAGUCCCACCGAGCUGACGUCCUCCCCAUCACCUCCCCCAAGCCCCACGGAGCCUGAAAAGACUUCCCAGGAGCCUCUGGGCCUGUCUCUGGAAAGCAGCAAAGAGAAUCAGCAGCCCGAGGGCCGGGCCGGCUCCUCCGCGGGUGGGAAGCCCCUCACAGGCGGCCAGGCUACGGGAGGCAUCCAGGAGAUGGUGGCCAUGUCCCCAGAGCUGGACACAUACUCCAUCACCAAGAGAGUCAAGGAGGUCCUCACGGACAACAACCUAGGGCAGCGGUUGUUCGGUGAGAGCAUCCUGGGACUGACACAGGGCUCCGUGUCAGACCUGUUGUCGAGGCCCAAGCCCUGGCACAAGCUGAGCCUGAAGGGCCGGGAGCCCUUCGUGCGCAUGCAGCUGUGGCUGAGCGACCCCCACAACGUGGAGAAGCUCCGGGACAUGAAAAAGCUGGAGAAGAAAGCCUAUCUGAAGCGCCGCUACGGCCUCAUCAGCACAGGCUCGGACAGUGAGUCACCGGCAGCGCACUCCGAGUGCUCCAGCCCGUGUCUGCAGCCACAGGAGUUGAGCCUCAUGCAGGCCAAGAAGCCACGUGUGGUGCUGGCACCGGCCGAGAAGGAGGCUCUGCGGAAGGCCUACCAGCUGGAGCCCUACCCCUCGCAGCAGACCAUAGAGCUGCUCUCCUUCCAGCUCAACCUCAAGACCAACACCGUCAUCAACUGGUUCCACAACUACAGGUCCAGGAUGCGCCGUGAGAUGCUGGUGGAGGGAACACAGGAGGACCCAGACUUUGACCCAAGUGGGGGUCCCAGUGUCCUGCCGCCAGGCCACACCCACAUCGAGCCCACCCCGCAGAGCCCCGACUCAGAGACUGAGGACCAAAAGCCCCCCAUGAAGAGCCUGGAGCUGCAGGAACCUGAGAGCCCCCUACCCGGAGCUGCUCCAGCCAGGGCUCUGGUAAAGAUCAAACAGGAAGAGGGGUCGGAGGUAGGUGGGGCCGGCCAGCCCCAGGACGGAGGGGAUCCAGACAGAGGGCAAGAUGUUCCCAAAGAGGAGCAUGCUCACCCCCUGGGGACCAGCGAACUCUCAGAGCUGGCCCCUGGGCCCUUCCUUCCAGACACACCCAAUCCAGACUGUCCAUCAUUGCACAACCCCCAAGAAAAGGAGACAGGGGAACAGCUUCACUCAGAGCCUCUGAGUUUCAAGUCCACCUCUGAAUCCUCCUGCUGCAGCCUAGAAGAGCCACCGAAUUCUCCCUCUGCCAUCUCCUCACCGGACCUCACAACAUGUGUGUCACCCGCCCCCUCCUCCUCGGCCCCCAUCUCCCCAUCCCUACCUGGCGCCCCACCUGCCAAAGAGCUGAGUCCUAGCCCCACUACUGACACAGCUGCAGCCUUGCACCCCAGCACUAAGGUGAACCCCAACUUGCAGCGGCGGCAUGAGAAAAUGGCCAACUUGAACAAUAUAAUCUACCGACUGGAGAAGGCUGCCAACCGGGAAGAGGUUCUGGAGUGGGAAUUCUGAAGCUGGGGGGGUGAGGGAUAUGACCCCGGAGGUCACCUUCCCUCCCUCCCUCCCUCCCUCCCCCAGAUGUGGUGGGGCCCAGAGAGGCAAGAACUCAGCCGUGCAGAUGUGGACAACAAUGUUAAGCCGUUUACGUUUAUUGUUGUAUCACUAGUUACCUGAAGUGUGUGAGCGGAUGCCGCCGCCUCUCCUCUCUGACAGCCCUGCUUUAGGAGGCACUGGAAUCCUGCCCUCAUCCUCUCCCCCAUGGGAAGGCAGGACCAAAACGUACCACAUUCUCACUCAAAAACUCCAAACUCUUUUAGAAAAAUAAAGAAAUAUUUAUAGACCUCUUUCAGCUAUUUUAAUAAAGGAUCCUUUGGAAUUUAUCCCCAGCCGAUGCUGUUUUGAUAUUAAAGAGAGUUAUAAAAUCAGAUGCUGCUGUCACUGCUGUUGUGGAGCAGACACAGAAGCUGUGUCUUUUUUUUUUUUUUCCUUCCUUUUUGCCAUGAGAUGAGAUUAAAAGAAGACGAUUGUUCAAAGCCAUCACAAAACAGUAAGACGGACCAAAUUCAGAGAACCCUUAGACUGCGGGUUUGGUUGGUUCUUUUUUGGCCCUCACAUCUGUCUGUGAGACACGGCACAGUGCCAGUGCCCUUCCAGAAGCUGUGUGGCAAAGAGAAAGUCCAAAAGACUCUAAAUGAAAACCUGGGUGCUGCUGAGGAUGGGACCAUGCUGGAGGGCUGUCUGCAGCCGCCACGUCACAGGUGACUGGUGGAAAUGCUGUGGUGUGUCCCCCAAAGGCCUCCAUACCCUGAGUUAGAAGCUUUCUGUCCUGAACGAGUACAGACAACACUGUCUCCAGAACCUUUGGAAAGCUGAGUGCGUGAGGGGAGUGUUGCUCAAAGAGAAAUGCUAAUGUCGCGUGACCCUGGCUCCCAUCCUGAAUCAUGACUGUGCUUACAAGGCUUCCCCUACGAUCUGAGCCAGGUUCUUCAUUCCAGAGGACCCUGUGGCUUCCAUCUUCCUUCCUUGUUUCCAGAAAGGGCAAGUGUUAGUUCACCAUAGCCCGCCGUCAUCCCCCCACCCCCUUCCGCAAAGCUUAGCAACUCGCCCCAAACCCUAGAUGCACCCAGUCAGAAACCUCAGCUCCUCUCUCUCCGUCUUCUUUUUCAUCGGUGCCAUCCCUGGAAGGUGUGCAUGGGACUGAGGAACUUGGUACGGCCGAUGUCACCACAGCCUGGCCGCCAUAUCCCAGUCUCUUGGUCUGUUCUCUUUGUCUACACAAGAUCUGCUUGGUAUUGAAGCUAGGACCUCCCUCAACUCCAACUCAGGAGCAAUCUUCCUCCAACAUCCCGGUUGAGAUCUCCAGAGGGACAAAGGUCCUGUUGGAUGAGGCGGCCUCCGUAUCUACCGAUGGAUCUCCAGUUUCUUACCUUUUUCCCUUUUUUUUUCCUCCCCAAACUGUGGAAGCUGAAACCGUGACUGAUGAUGUAUGAGUGGCCAUCUUUGUGGCCAUUCCAGUGCUUGAGGGAAAAAAAAGGUCGCUCCCUGCAGUGACUCUCAUGUGAGCCAAAAGGUUUCCAGAAAAGGGGAAAAAAUAAGGAAUGUUCCAGAACUUACAACUCUCAUGCGCCCAGCCCAGGCUGCAGACGGUCACCGUCAAACAGGCCCUGGAAAACCUCCUUUUCCACACAUAAUCCUGGCUAUGCAUCGAGAAGUUUUCCACUAUAUACAUUUUUAUCCAGAGGAGGGUAUUUUUAUAUUUUGACACUAGAAAACCGUGCUGAGUUUUCUGAGUAAUCCAUUCUGGGACAAACAAAGCCUGUCUCAGUCUCCAGCCGCCCCAAGUUGUGACACACCCAACAGGGAGAGCGCGUUUCUUUUCACCUUGAAACUCCACGUUGAUUCAAUGCACUGCGACACACACACAGUCGACGCUCGGCAGAAUUCACCACGGCUUUGGCUUCAGUGUGACAGUAUUUUGGUGUGACCUUUGAACAAGAAAUGGUUGUGCGGAAGCCCAUGGAUCUGCAAACAGAUCCAUCCAGUUCACAUCCUACAAUGGUUUAAAAAGAGAACACACACACACAUACACACACACACACACACAAACUGUUUCUAUGAGAUUGAUGAACUUUGUCUAAAAUUUAAAAAAAAA